UAGCGCACCUAUGUAACAGGCACUGGUGCUCCCAGCCUCGCCAGUCUGUUAUAUAACUGGUCAGGGCGGCUUUAAUUUUGUUUCUUCUAGAGGGAGAUCACUAAAGCCAGGAUGAUUGUCUUGUAUGUGUUGGCGCUGAUCUCGUGCGCAUGCGCACAGUAUACCGUACGAGACCCUGUGUUCGAGAUGAUGUCACCGCAGGGACUUCGGAUCUCGUACACAGACACCAAUGGCGUGAACCUAGUUGGCCUGCAUUUCAACAUUGACACUCCGCUGGCCGGGGUGGCAGCAGGACAGUACAACAUCGACAUCGUUGAUAAGUCAGGUGGCGCGUUUGUCUACGAAGACCAGGGCAUCACCGUGCGUCCGGGACAAACCAUUUACUACUGGAUCCUGGUCGUGCACAACAGCGGGGGGUUCCAGAAGACCGAGCAGUCAUGGACGGUCCCCUCCCCUAUAACGACUACCCAGGCUACCACCACCAGGACAACCGCCGCGACAACAACCACCGCCGCGCCUUCAGGCGGAAUCUCCGGCGGGAUCUCUGGUGGGAUUUCCGGUGGCACUUCCGGUGGGACAACUGGCGGGACAACCGGUGGGACAACCGGCGGGACAACGCUAACCGGUGGGACAACUGGUGGGAUCACAGGCGGGAUCACCGGCGGGAUCACUGGCGGGAUCACAGGGGGAAUAACAGGUGGACUCACAGGAGGUACCACAUUUGGAAUCGCUGCCAACUGUAAGGAAUACCCUUGUGACGCCGCGUGCGACCAAACCGUGGCGCCUUGCAACGGGCUGAUCUUCGAAGAGAACUGGGACAAGCUGGAUUUCGACCGUUGGCAACACGAGCUCACCAUGAGCGGCGGAGGGAACUGGGAGUUCCAGAUGUACGUCAACAAUCGCUCCAACAGCUACGUCCGUGACAACACCCUCUUCAUCAAGCCGACUCUGACGUCAGAAAAGUUCGGGGAAGCGGCCCUGAGCAGUGAGACAGUGGACAUAUGGGGUAUGUCUCCGGCGGACUACUGUACCGGGAAUGCGUUCUGGGGCUGCAGCCGGACGGGCACGGGGACAAACUACAUCAACCCCGCCCGCUCUGCCCGUCUGCGCACCGUCAACAGCUUCGCCUUCAAGUACGGCAAAAUCGAGGUGGAGGCCAAACUGCCAACUGGUGACUGGCUCUGGCCUGCUAUCUGGAUGUUGCCGAAGCACAACAGUUAUGGCCAAUGGCCGGCCUCGGGAGAGAUCGAUCUCAUGGAAUCUCGCGGGAACAAGAACGCGAGAAACUCACAGGGCGAGUCCAUUGGCGUGGACUCCAUGGGGACCACAAUGCACUGGGGCCCGUACUGGCCAGUCAACGGCUACGCCAAGACUCACGUGACCAAAACUCUGAGCGGAGAAACUUUCGGCGACCGCUUCCACAAGUGGGGCUUGGAGUGGACCGAGAAUGAUUUGACGUUCUACCUUGACGACCAGGAGAUCAUGAAGGUUGACCCCGGCCCCGGAGGAUUCUGGGAGUUGGGCGAGUUCUCGCAGACCCAAGGAGCAGCUACCCACAAUCCCUGGCAGUACUCGGAUAGCAAGCUCGCUCCUUUCGACCACGAGUUCUACAUCAUCUUGAACCUUGCCGUGGGUGGUACCAACGGUUUCUUCAGUGACCAGGACACCUUCGCGUCAGGCAAGCCGUGGAGCAACGAGUCUCCCACCGCCUUUAAGGACUUCUGGAUGGCCAAGAACCAGUGGUACCCGACUUGGAACGCCGACGUCAACAACGGAGAAGACGCCGCCUUGCAAGUCAAGACCAUCCGCGUUUGGAAGUACUAAGUCCUUCCAGGCGUUUGUUUAAGUUCUUUCUCUUCAAUAAAUUGCCAAACAAAACGUU